CCGAGACACUGCUUGGGUCAGCCGAAAUGCUCAUGAGCCUCCUCUCCUGCCCACUGCGAUUCCUCACGUCGCAUCCAGAAACCCCAUGACUUACCUCACUGAGCAUCUCACUUUUGGUCCAAGUACCAGCUCGAACGAGAAUGCCGGUGCACUACCAGGUCCCGGGUCUCAUCUCGUCAUAUCCGACUGUCUAGCAUCCCCAGCUACAUUCACACUGUACCACCUCCUUCAGGCGGCCAUAGGCAGACGAUUGCCCGUGAUCUUCAUAGAUAUCAGAGGGGAAGGCAAGAAGAGUUUGGAGGCUGUAUUGAGGAGACUUGGAACGGCUAUGCCAAAGUCUUCUGAGAUCUUUUCGUACAUCUCGCCUGUGUCCUUCCCGUCGACAAACGUCGAGGCGCCCGAACCCUGUCUAUUCGAUGAAGAAGGUCGACAUGACCUCAAGCCAUUGUACGCCAGGAUUGCAUCACGCAUCUCAGAUCAAGACACGCUCGUCAUUCUCCAUGGACUAUCGGACAUAAUGAGUAUGGGAAUACCGACCCAAGAUGUGCAUCGCUUUGUUCGAGCUGUCGACGCAGCUGUCCGCAAAGCAUCCUGUAUCCUCGUGACGACCCUUCACGCCGAUGGACUCGCUGAAGGAUCCCUCACGAACGAUCAAGUCCUCCUUGAAAAGCUGCUCCGGUCCGCGACUGCCUGGUGGAGAGUCGAAGAACUUCAAAGUGGCAGAAGUGGUGACGUUCACGGCGAGAUAUCGUCACACCCCUUGGCGACGAAUGGUAAUGAGACAUCAGUGCCCAAAAGCCACCCUCUUCAAUACCGGCUGGAGAUGAACACUGUCAAGGUAUUUGCGAAAGGUACCGGUAGAGGUUACCUUUGAAGGCAUUCGACGGAUCCGAUACUGCGUCCGAGAUCAAACGCCAUUCACAAGGCCACUCUCGCUGUUUAUACAGCCCGUCUAUAGCGAUCUUCAAUCGGACGUGCAUGACGAUCGGCCUCAAUGAACGUCAAUUGUCAAUGUAGGACCCUGUCUCGUGAUUGGCGGAACUGCUUGCUCUCCGGAUCCAAAGCGUCAUCAAUCAUAGCCGAGACCGAAGAGUUGUCCUGCCACUCACUUCGAGUCGCCUUGCCAUAGCAGAGCAGAUGCAUAUGCGAUU